UGUUGCUAUGGAUACACACACGAGUUAUCUAGUCGCAUCUGAUUGGUUCAUAAACAAAGGAAAUGAAUGCAAAACGAAUUCUAAUGAAGACAUGAUCACCACUAUCGCUAAACUUUCGUCCCUGACCGCGAAAUUUCCAAAAAAAACCAAUUUCCCGCAAAAGUCUUCAGCUCUCUUUGGAUUGUUUCUAAACAGUGGAAUCAAAAGGGCUAACGUUGCUAAUUGCACAUGCACCGCGCAGUGAAACCAUUCCUUUUAGAAGUGCGGGUAUGAAUGAAACAGCUACUUAAAUAUCAACGAAUUUGGUUUAUUGAACAGCACUGGGAUCAGCUCCAACUAAACAAACAUCUUUUGUUUGAAGAGCAUUCAGGCAUUCAUCUGUGGUUGUGAUUUGGCAGACAAGAUACGACAUAAACUCCUGCAGUGCUAAUGGAGACGUUGAAAAACAAAAGAAAUCAAAAUAUGAUUCUUUAGCGUGUUUGCUUUUAGCUGCGCGUGAUUGAAAGCAUGAGGAACUAGCCCCUUUUCAGUUCAAUUGAGGCAAAAAAGGUGGUACUCUUUCAGUUUGUUGCACUUUGUUGCGCUCUGAAUCUACAUUCGAAAUGCAUCGCGCUUUGAUUUUCGCCUUUCUGUACAGCAUUCUUGCGAAAUGCCUGUGCGAGGAACCUGCAAACUUCAAAGGGGACCGCGUUGUCCGUGCAACUUCAACAAAUAAAGAUCAACUACAAUUUCUUGCAAGACUUGAAGACAAUGAUGACUUGGACCUGGACUUCUGGACCCAUCCGUCCCAUGUUGGGGGCGGCGUCGAUAUUCACGUGAAAGCCUCAAAUUAUCCACGACUCGCUAAGCUGUUGAAUAGUCAAGGGAUUAUAUUUACUAUUUUGAUCCCGGAUGUACAAGGCUUGAUGGACAAAGAGAACACACCUCCAAGGACCGCCCGUGCUGUGGGAUUUGAUUAUCAACGCUACAAUCGUUUGGCACAGAUUGAAAACGAAAUGCAACGUCUUGCAUCUGCUUAUCCACACCUGGCGAAAAUGGUAGUGGACAUCGGAAAAUCAUACGAAGGAAGGACACUUUCGGCCCUUAAGAUCUCAUCCAAUCCAGGGGCUGGAAGGAAAGUCUUUUUUAUCAACUGUGGAAUUCACGCUAGAGAGUGGGUGACUCCUGCUACUUGUAUGAUCAUGAUACGACAGAUGCUUAACAAUUAUGGCAAAGAUGCAUCUGUCACCGCCAUGGUGGAUAAGAUGGACUGGGUGAUCAUGCCAGUGUUCAAUGUGGAUGGAUAUGAAUUUAGUCAUACCGGGAAUCGUAUGUGGAGGAAGACAAGAUCACCAAAUCCAGGAAGUUCUUGUAUUGGAACAGACCCCAAUCGGAACUGGAACGCCCACUGGGGAGGUGUUGGCACCAGUUCCAAUCCGUGCAUGGACACUUAUCACGGAAGACGUCCAUUUUCUGAGAUCGAAGUGUUGAACGUUGCUCGUUAUCUUUACAAGAAUCGACAUAACCUGAUUGGCUACAUGGAUAUUCAUGCUUAUAGCCAGUUGUGGAUGACUCCGUGGGGCUACACAAGGACAUUACCGAAGGACUACAACGAGAUGGAACGUGUCUCAAAUAUAGCUGUGAAGGCGCUGUAUGACGCCGGAUACAGGACAACUUACAGAGUUGGACCUUCAUCUAUAAUCAUUUACGCAAAUUCGGGAGGCACAAAAGAUUGGGUUUACAAAACUUUGGGAACGACGUAUACAUUUGCACUGGAAUUGAGAGACAAAGGUACAUAUGGGUUUCUUCUGCCAGCCGAUCAGAUCAUGCCAACUGGAAUGGAGACAUUUGCUGCCAUUAAGGCCAUGGCCGCAGCAUUAAACAUCUGAGAGGUGUCAAUCAACUGCGUUACCAUGACGAUAAGCUCAAUGGAAGCAGUCAAUAAGAAAAAUUGUUAGUUGUGGGUUUAGACUGUAUUUGAUUAAAUUGGCUCAAUGUUCAAA